CGGGAGAAUGUCGUAUGCUGCAUCAGCGAACAGGAGUGGUAAAACACGUGAACCAAGACAAAACACGUCAACAAACAAGGAGGGUGGAAGAGGAAAAGCGAUUGGAAGCAGUGACCCAACAAAAAACCGUGAGACAGAGGGUAAGAAUGGCAAGAAUGGAGAACGCUCGCCUAACGCACGCCAAACUAAAGACAGCACCGAGCUCCGAAGCGCGAGGUCCAGCGCGAGGUCCAGCGCCGGUUACGACGGAACACCAGGAGGGAGGGGGCCCAAGGCAUCCAGGCCCGGUGCUUUUCUUUCAAACCGGUAUGAAACAAGCGAGGAGGACGACGUUAUGAUACGAAGCAUGAGAGGUGAGAGCCAGGAGGAAACGCUGCAUUCAGAUAUAAUGGCAGCGGUCGACGCUGAAACUGACUCAAUACUGGCUGAUUUUGGCACAGAGGAUUUAACCAAAAUUGUGCUCAUCACUAUCAAAGCAGCAGUACCAGCAAUAGUCAAAGCGGUGCAGAAACAACUUUUGGCAUCAGUGGACACUACCCGAAUUAACAAAAAUAUACUGCAGAGCAGGUACAAGGAAGACGAACUGGAGCAGUACACACGCAAGGAAAAUGUGCGCAUCAGCGGGAUCGAGGAGGAGAACGGAGCGGAGACCGAGGAUCAACUUGUGGAAAAAGUGUGUAAACUGGUAGCGACCUCAGGCACGUCAAUUAAAGAAAGUGACAUCUCCACUGCGCACCGCCUGGGGAGAGUGAGACAACAGGGUGAGGCCCGACCUGUCAUUGUCAGAUUUGUGAGCAGGAGAAAGAAAGCUGAACUGUUGAGGAGCAAAGCGUUGCUGAGAAACCAUGACACUCACAGGAAUAUCUUCGUUAACGAAGACCUCACACAUCUGAGAUACAGGCUGUUCAAGUGUGCCAGGGAGAAAUGCCAACACACUUUUAUUAGGGACGGGAAAGUGAUCUGCAAAAGUGAAGGCCAGUACGUCACUAUAAACAAUCCCGACGACCUGUUCCUUAUUGGGUAUGACGAUGUGGACUACAAAGCCUUUGGUAUUGACCUAUAGGACAGACACGGGGCACAGACAGGUGCAGGAGCCUCACCGAGGGGGAAGGAGUAGUCCUGCGAGAGACCCGUCUUCUCUCGUACCCACACACACACUCCCUUCAUCUACCCGGGUACAGGUGCCUCACCGAGGGGGAAGGAGUAGUCCUGCGAGAGACCCGUCUCCUCUCGUACCCACACACACACUCCCUUCAUCUACCCGGGUACAGGUGCCUCACCGAGGGGGAAGGAGUAGUCCUGCGAGAGACCCGUCUCCUCUCGUGAAUGAAGUAGGAUUGGGACAUUUGCUGUUUAAGGAAUGUCUCUUAAAAUAAAAGUACAUUUCGGACACAUUUGCUGUUUAAGAAAUGUCUUACCAUUAAGUAGGUUUUGGACAUUUACUGUUUAAGAAAUGUUUCUUGAAAUGAAGUAGGUU